AUGUCGUACGCCUCUGUUGCUGCUCACAAUGCGCCCCCGUCCUCUGAACAGGUGCACCACAGACUGACUCCUCCAUGGGCCUCUCCUGACCUCAGUUCCCAGCCACACGCCGACCCCGCCCUCCUCACCACAGAACCUCCUUCCGCGAGCAACAUCGCCGACGACGCUGCAAAGGUCAACAUUGUCUCUCCAGACUUCCGUGCUCACCCUGCCACUGUCACCUCUGUUGGAAACAUAGCGUCCGACUCCCCGCCAGAGCAUCCCUCGCCUGGCGCCCCUCGCAGCCCAAAGGGCAAUGCCAGGAAGUACCUGCGCGAUGCAGAGCAGGAGGGCUCCUACCUCUGGAAUCUCACAAAGCACUACCUCUUCCGCCCUAGUGUUGCUGGUGGCGUCCUCGGCCUGUUGAAUGUCGGCCUCAUAAGUACCGCAGGUUACGCAUACUAUACUAAGCCCCACCUCCAUCGUGAUUCGCGCGCGCUCGCAUCGACUGCAGCCGCCGCCCUCCUCCUUCUCUCUGCCGAGUCGUAUGCUGCUGAAAAAUACAGCCAAACUCCCGCAGGUCAGGCCGAGGAGCGCAAAGUCAAGAAAGAGGGCGUCGCUCUUUAUCGUAAUGCCAGAGAGCACUUGCUUCGUCCCGGUGUCCUUGGUGGUCUCGUUGGUCUUGUCAACGCCAGUAUCCUUGGUACCCUUGGAUACUUCGCAUACACCGAGUGGGACCGUCCCCGCUGGGACAGACGUAUUGUCUCUGCAAUAUCUGCCGGUCUCCUCACGCUAUGGUCUGGAGAGGGAUAUCUGGCAGAACGUUACCGUGAGACCCGUCGUUGA